AUGUUGGCCGCAUCCUCUGGCAGAGUCUGGUCUUACCCUCUCGAUUAUGACAUGUUGGAGGGCGCCUUCACUCUGUCAGCAGUCCGGGUCAUAUUCAGCGGGCUCCCCCCUUAUACACUCAUCUUCUCCACCCCCUACCCCCCACCCCCAUCCAGAUGCCACGCUUCUGGGGGGGACAGCAAGUAG